CCCCCCCCCCCCCCCCUUAAUUAGCUUUUCUCUCUCCUCUAAGUUCGAGAAAGUGUUACAAAAUCCUAUAAAGAUAUCAACAAUAAAAACCAACCAUGCAAACAUCCUUCAAGACAAGUUAUUAUUAGACACAAUCUCCUUAACAAGAAAGAAUUCUUUCCUUGCCUUUUCUAGCUAUUCCUCAUUCAUUUCCUCUCUUUCAAGUUAGAGAAAAACCCUAAACACAAAUAAAUCUUAGACUAAUUAAGUAAUUAAUCACUAAUUACUUUCUUAAUCUCUCUUUUCGGCCCGCGCCCUAACCAAUUAUCUUACACAUCAAUUCUUCCUCAUUAUGCAAUAAUCAUUGAUUUUCGAUCUUCCUUGCUCUAGCUAGCUAGUUUCCCAAAACUUAUAUAUAGAGGAGGAGAACAAAUUAGAGAAGUUGGAAUAUGAGUAGUAGGAAGUUUAAUAAGUCUAUGAAUGGAUUAUUAAGAGUAAUUACGUUAGUAAGCUUUUUGUGGCUUUCUUUGUUUGGAGUUUUAGCAAGUAGAGGAACAACGACGACGACGAUGACAACAACAACAACAACAACAAAAUCUCAGGACAAGCAUAAUGUGAAACAUGAAGUAACCACGGUUGGAAGAGGGAAGUUAUCGGCGCGUUCGAAGGUGGAUAUUAACUACAUGAGCAAAAGAAAAGUACCUAAUGGUCCUGAUCCUAUACAUAACAGGAGAGCUGGGAAUUCAAGACGACCACCUGGACAAGCUUAGUGGACAAAAACAACCUGAGAGGAGUGAGAAGCUUCAUCAAUUAUAAAUAGCUCACCAUAUGAUGAAGAUCACGUGCAUAUCAUCUUUUUUCAAAUAUUUUAGGAGUAUUGUUUUUGUGAAAUAGAACCCCCAAAAAAAUUGAAAGUUCAUUAAAGGAAAGCAUCGCAUGUUUGGAUUGGAUUUUAUAAGUUUUGAUCUGGCCUAAUUUGAACUAUUGUAAAAUACAUGUUUAAAUAUAGGUUUGAGUCCUACUCGUAGUCCUUUACCAUUA